AUGCGAAAUCUGGCUUGGUUAGCUGUGCUUCUACUACGUUUCGGAUUUUCAGGAUGCUCGUCGCCGGAUUUGGAUUUUUUGACGGGGUUUUUCAGGGGAAAGCCGGCGGUGGUCACGAGCUACAACUGCUGGAGCAAAAGUAAAAACGUGGAGUUGGUGAAAAGCCUGGCGAACUCCCCCGACGUCCACUUCUCCGGCUACUACACCGCCCCUCGAGUCGACACCCUCAAAAAAUAUUCCAACAUCGACUACCUCGUUCUGGAUUUACGCAACUGCCUCCCUGCCAACCUCAUUCUUCUCCAGCUGAACCAAAGCAAUACGUUCGUCUACCCUUUGAAGUAUCUGCUCCUUAUUGAUAAACCCGACUUUUCGUCCCUCUCUGCAGAACUCGGUCAAUACCAAAUCCUGCCAAACUGCGAGCUUGUUAUUGCAGUUUUUGACAACGACUCAGCUUUUUUGUACGAAACUUACAAAGUGGGGAAAAAGAGCGAAUUAACUUGGGAGAAUUAUGGAAAUUGGACGUUGGAAGGUGGUUUGCAUGAGCAUUAUUGGAACGUUCCGACGUCUCAGCGGCGAAUGGAUUUGAAAGGGGCUAAUUUAGUCGUGUGUCUUGUGGUAUUUGUCAACGAUACUUUGAAUCAUCUGGAUGAUUAUAAGGAUCCGGGGGUGGAUACGUUCACGAAGCAGGAUUACGAGUCGACGAUGUGUAUGCUGCAGCACAUGAGGGUUAAUCACACUUUUUCGAUUGUCGACAAUUACGGGUACGUGGAUGCGGAGAGUGGGAAUUUCAGCGGGCUGGUGAGGGAGAUCCAGUCCGGGAGGGCGGAUGUUUCAGCCGGCUCCAUCUUCUUCACCGCCGACCGCUACGCCGCCGUCGACCUCAUCAAGCAAGGCAACCCCCACGCCAUCCGCUUCGUGGUCCGCAAGCCCGCCACCUCCUUCAUGAAGAACAUCUUCUUCAUCACCUUCAACACCGGCGUCUGGAUCGCCUCCACCGCCAUCCUGGCCACGUUCGCGCUCUCCGUCCUCCUCAUCCUCAACUGGGAAACCCAACACAAAGAGAAAGUCAAACAGAACAAGUACAGCGUGAGCGAUGUAACUUUAAUCGCUCUGGAAGCCGUUUGUCAACAAGGAACUACAACAGAUCCUCAAAGUUUCGCCGGCCGGAUCCUUGCUCUGAUCCUGUUCGGAGCUUUCAUGUUUAUUUAUGUGUCGUACAGUGCGAAUAUCGUGGUUUUGUUGCAGUCCACCACGAAAAUUAACACGAUAGAGGAGCUGGUGGAGAGCCGAAUCGAAGUGGGGGGGGAGGAAAUUCACUACAUGAAGAAUUACUUCGAGGCGGUGAAAAAAGGUCCUUUGAAGAAGUUGUACGACAGGAAAAUUUACCCCAAUCAGUAUUUUCCGCUGAAAGUGGGAAUGGAGAAAGUGCGAAAGGGAAACUUUGCUUUCCAUGUGGCGUCUCAGUCGGCGUACGAUUACAUUUUGCACCACUUUACAAAUCAUGAAAUUUGUGGCCUGCAGGAAUUGCCUGGAUUUAUAGAGGAAAACUUGGGCUAUCUGGCUGUUCCGAAGCGCUCGCCGUACAAGGACUUGUUUAAAGUGGCGAUUUUGAAAGUGGACGAAUACGGACUUCAAAGACGUUCGAACCUUCGCAUAGUCAUGCAACCCAAGUGUUAUUCCCAAGGGGCGUCGUUCGAAACCAUCGGGUUCGUGGACUGUGAGAAAGUCCUCUACGUCUGGAUUUUUGGCACAAUUUCGGCUUUCGUUAUUUUGUUGAUGGAGAAUUUAAUUCAUCGUUGUGUUAAACGAAUCAAGAGGGAGAAAUGGGAAUUUUCAGAUUAA